AAGGGAGUUUCUUUUUUAAUGGGGAACGAUUUGGCUGGUGGAAAGGUUCUGGUUACACCUGAAGUGACGCCGAUCCCGGUUAGGCAGUCUCCAGAUGAGCUGGCUCAGAAGUUUCCCAAGGUUUUCACAUCUUGUGCUGUUACUCGCUCUAUGUAUAAAAAUGAGGAGAAAGAUGUUGACUUAAGUGACAGUUUUCUUUGUGAUCCUGGUGAGGCUCACUUGUGUGUUCCGGAGUCUGCUGAGAGGGUGAUAGUGGAGCACACGAAGGGGCCCCGGCGAGAUGGAGGCUAUGGUGGGAGGAGUGGAUAUGGACGCUGGGGAGGAAGAGACAGAGGCCGCAGGAACGAGGGCGUGAUCGAGUUCAGGCAGUACUCCGACAUGAAGAGAGCUCUGGAGAAACUCGACGGCACUGAGGUCAACGGCAGAAAGAUCCGGCUCAUCGAGGACCGGCCCGGCGCCAAGAGCCGCCGCUCUUACUCCCGCAGUCGCAGCCGCUCCAGGUCUCGCUCCAGGGGUCGCAGGUCCCACAAGAGCCGCAGCCGCAGUGACAGCAGCAGUCGCAGCCGCUCUCGUUCCAGGGCAGCUUCUCGCUCUCGCAGCCGCUCUCACAGCAAGAAGAGUAAGAGCAAGAGCAAGAAGGAGGAAGAGGAGCGCAGCAACGGCGCCCAGAAGGACGACGACCACAGCAGGAGCCGCAGCCAAAAGAGCAAGAAAGACAGGAAGAAGGGCAAGAGGGACUCCCAGUCCCGCUCCAGGUCCAGAUCCCGCUCCAGGUCUCGCUCCAGGUCGGAGGUCAAGGAUCGCUCCAGGAAAUCUGUCUCCAAGACAGACGGUCAGCCUUUUAAGUUAGCGGUAGAUGCGAGUGACACUGGGGUGGGCGCUGUUCUUUUGCAGGAGGGUGCUGAUGGAGUGGAGCACCCAGUGUCUUAUUUUUCAAAGAAGCUUGAUCGCCAUCAGAAAUGGUGA